AUGGAAGCCAUUGCAGGACUUAGUCUUGCUGCCAACAUCCUACAGCUUAUAGACUUCACAGCGAAAGUCUUAUCGACUGGAAACCAAAUUCGCCAGGCAGGUUCUACCGUACAGAACUCGGAAUUAGAACGGGUGGUUGGGGACGUCACGAAUCUGAAUGAACGCAUUACAUUAUGGGCUCGUCCCAAUCCGGCCAUUUCAGGCCCAUUGGCUCAGGGCAGCCAGGCACUCGAGGAUUUGGCUGCUGAGUGUACGAAGAUUGCUCGGGAACUCAUCGCCGAACUCGAGUCGUUGCGAUGUUCCAAAGACGCGGCCAGAUACAAAACGAUUCUCAUCGCCCUAAAAGCAUCUUGGAAUGCGGGAAAGAUCGAAGAUAUCCAAUCUCGACUUCGGAUCAUGCGUGAAGAGCUUCAAUUCCGCAUUCUGGUGUCCAUCAGGGACGACCAAUUGCAAGGUCUAGAUGAAUCGAGUCGGACGGCGAUCCAGGGCAUAGUGGAGAGUAACAAACAACUUGGCACGGCAAUAACCUCACAAACCGAAAGGAUUAUACACCGACAAGAAGUCGACAGCUCUUUGGCAUCGAUACGUCACAAAGAGGUCUUACAUACCAUCGCCAAUCAACGAUUAGAAAAGUACAGCAUCAAGGAUGUCCCACGCGCAAUCACGAAUAAGCUAUACUUCGCCCGGAAAGACGACAGGUACGAUGAUAUCGUGACUGCGCAUCAGAACACCUUCAACUGGGCACUGGAGAGUAGAGAUUCCUCAAGCUGGCCAAGCCUCGCAGAUUGGCUUCGUCAAGAUGGUGGGGUGUAUUGGAUCAACGGCAAGGCCGGGUCCGGAAAAUCAACGUUGAUGAAGUAUCUCUAUCAAGAUCCCCGGUUUAUGGACUCGCUAAAUCUCUGGGCUGGAGGCGAUCGUCUCAUAGUUGCUGACUUCUACUUUUGGAGUUCGGGUGCUGAGAUCCAAAGGUCGCAAGAAGGCCUCUUUCGUUCACUACUUUGGCAAGUGCUCGAUCAGAACAUAUCCUUAGCCUCUACGCUAUUUGCGGAACAGUAUCUCCUCGAUGCUGAAUGGGACGAAUUCCCAACAUUCCACCAGCUUCGGCGAGCAUUUGGGAGGCUCACCAGUCACCCUCUUACAUCCACGAAGAUUGCAAUAGUAGUCGACGGACUGGACGAAUUCGAUGCUCAACGUAUCUCGAUGACUGAGCUUGGCGAGAUGUUCAUCACUGCCACAAAAAAUGGUAAAAUCAAAGCCCUUCUGUCGAGCAGGCCCCUCACGGAGUUCACGGAUUGUUUCGCUAGUCAGCCACAACUGCAGCUCGAGCAGCUCACUCAUAACGAUAUCGCAAAGUAUGUGGAUGACAGCUUGUCCGUACAUCCUCAGAUAGUGUACCUGAAAGUCACUUACAAAGACGACACCAAUGCCCUUGUGGAGGAGAUCGUCAGCUCAGCCUCUGGCGUUUUCUUAUGGGUCAGACUUGUAGUGAAAUCUCUCCUCCAAGGUUUACAGAAUGGCGACAAGAUCGAAGACCUUCAAUCACGACUCCAGGAAUUACCGAAGGGUCUUGAAGCGCUUUUCGCCCACAUGCUGAGUAAUGUACCUCCCUUGUACAAGUCGCAAGCCGCAUGCAUAUUUCAAAUCCUUCGGUGCAACGACGAAGGCCACCAGCAGUCGUCUAUAAUGGGAAGAAUUUCUGCAAGGCCACUGUCCGCUGUCAGAUUGUCGUAUGCAGAAGCCAAAACCAAGGAGAUCAUGAGUGCAGAAAUCUGUCCCUUGUCAGAUGAAGAACUCGAAAAGAUCGAGAUCACCACGGACCGUCGACUCAGAAGCCGUUGCGCAGGUCUCCUAGAGCUCCGGACGCGAGUCAAGUCCCAGAAAGAGCACACAGGUCGGGACGAAUCACGCCAGGUAAAACAAAUAAGCACCAAGGACGUUGUGUAUCUUCACAGGACUGUUGCUGAUUUUUUAUACAAGAAAGAGGUCUGGGACGAUCUGGUGACCCAAACAGAAGGACGGAAGUUUCACGCCUCCCUGGCUGUGUUACAAUCAUUGAUCAUGGAAGUCAAAAGAAUCAAUCUAGCAUGGCAGCAACCUGCCGAUCGCAAGGUUCCCUGGGGACUUGUGAUAGAUACACUGUUGUUCGCGCGACUUGCAGAAUCGAAUACCCAGAUGAGCUCUCGGAAGCUCCUGGAUGAGCUUGAUAGAGCAAUGACAACUUACUUCCCAAACAAUGUAGGGGAAUGGAAAGAGGAACGAUACGAAGGGGCGACUUGGUGCGACACAUGGGAGGAGGAUUACUCGAGGCCUGCUCCCUGGCAUGAUAACUUCAUGUCCCUGAACGUCAGAUUCGGUUUGACUUUGUACGUCCAAGACACCGUCCGUGCAAAAGGCCAGCUUUGUUUGGACAAACGUGGUAGGCCACUGCUCGACUAUGCGUGCAGACCUGAGCCGCAAUAUGGACACUGGUCAGACUUUAGUGACCCUGAUCUCGUUCAGACUCUCUUGCUAAACGGUGCUGACCCGAACUUCAAAUUCAACGGGUUCAGUGCCUGGCAAAAUUGUCUUUUUACGCCGAUCGAAAACCCCGUCAAAUGGGUGUCCAUACUGAAACUCUUACUUCUACAUGGGGCGGAUGCCAAUGCACGCAUCGAAACAUAUAAAGAAGGCAAGAAAACUGCACUGGUUGUCGUCCAGGCGAACUUCGAUAAAUUCUUGGCUGGGGAUGUCGAGGCUACCAAGCGGAUGAAGGAGCGCUUCGCGUCUCGUAGUGCAACAGUACCUUAUUUUCCAGUGUCUGAGAAAACACUAGCUCAGCUGAAGUUGGAUGUUAUCGAGUUGAAGGAACUAAUCACCAACCCUAGAGCAGUGCAAGGCAAGGUCGGAGACAGGAGUUCGAAGAAACUUGGUGAACGGGUGACGCGAUUUGUAAAGCGGAAUCGCGUCCUCCACCAGGUGCCCGCAGGCGCCAUAAUACCGUCCAACCUCCCGUCGGCGCUCCCCACACCACUGUUCACCUUUCCCUCGGUCACGCAAUUCCUCAUACCCACACAACAGUUCUGCGACCGCCUACUCACUUUCUGCAUCAACCACAAUCGCGUCAUCGGAUACCCUGUUUGCAUAAGAGAAGGGAAAUACAGUAGAAAUGAAUUCAUAUUCAACUUCGCGAUCGUGAUAGGCGAAAAUGAGCGCGACUGGGCGUGCUACGGCGAAGUCGUGAGGAAGCUGGGACGCUUGUUGAGAGGCCUAGAAGAGCAGGGCGGAUUCUUGUCCAGAGAAGAGGAGGGCGUUUGGGAAGAUGAAGGAGGGAACGUCGGGUUUGGGCAUGACGAUGGCGUCGGCGGGUUCGGAAUAGGGGGUGGAAGCAAGGUGUAUGCACUGUGUGAGAUGGUGCUUGAGGAUUUAAAUAACUACGCAGAGUGUAUGAUACCAAUCGAUGACUCGAAUACGAUCAACCUGAAGCUGUUCCCUACGCGACCGCCUCCUCCGCCUAUCCUCGCGCAUCAAGUGCCCUUGCUCACCAUAUCUCUGUCAAGUCUCCAGCAACCCGUAUCCUCGGACCUCACUCUCAAUCGCAUACUACCAUACAUAAACGGUAUCAACUCGAUAGCCCAUAUAGCGCAACUGGCUGAUACCGAUCUCUCGUUGACAAGACGAGCCAUUCAACAUUUGGUAUAUUAUGGAUGUUUAAUACUAUUGGAUAUCUUCAGCUUCAGCGCCAUAUAUGCGCCAACAGCAGAGAUUGGUGAUUUCAUAAUGGAUGCAGAGGUUAAAGAGGAAUGUAUGCGCUACGUCAGCGUACCGAGAAUGAGACUUGGUUCAAACGCAAAGACAGCUCGGAUGGAUAGCGAAGUUUCAGAGAAGAGUAGGGACGAGCGUAGUUCGACCUCGUCUUUGUCAUCGCAGCAAAGCGAGACUGUCGGAUCUACGCUUAGGGUCUCAGAGUUCGAUAGUCACAUCGCCGCUCAAAAGAAGGAAGAGGAGGAGGAGAACGUAUGGCAGACGAGCCAUGAGACGUUGAUAACACUAUACACAUCGCUGCGACAAGGUCUCACUUUGAAGAACUGGGUGCUGGAGAAUCUGGAUCUUCUCACUGGCAUCGACGUACGCCGCUUCAUAACCUUCGGCAUCAUCAAGGGUUUCCUCUACCGUGUGCACAAGUACGCGAUAGCGACCUCAACGACCCUACCACCCGCACCACCAACGAGUCUGCAAACAAGUGCCGCGACAUCUCUCGCAAACCCCCGCGACUCAGACACCACCACAAUUCGCGGCAACGAACGAGUACACCAUUCCUCCCAACCAAGUAUUCAGACCCACGGUCACCACACUUCCCAAGCCAAUAUCCACACACAUCAUCCAUCCUUCUCGAUUCACAGACCGAGCGUUGCCUCUGCGAUGCCUGCGAACCACAAUCAUCUUCAACAACAGAACCCCCAACAUCUCAGUGUUUCGAAGGGUGAAGAACACCAAACCCUCGAGGGCUUGGUGAGGGAUAAGAGCGGGAGCGGGCUGCCUCUAUUGAGGUUCCUAGAUGGCAUGCAUUGUUUCGAUGAGAUAUGUACGGAGUUGGGACUGCCCGAACGUGUUGUUGAGGGGAAGGUACGGGGUAUGGGUGAAGGCGCUGGAGUCGUUGUUCAUCGAUAA